UACGGUCGCACGAAGCGCGAGUCAGACUCUACGGAGUACGGAGUAGUAGCAAGCUAUCGCUUGCAUUGCGGGUUUCGUCGAUUUUUCGUGCGAAAAAAGCUUUACUACCGUAAUAAUUAGGUUUAUCGUUAGUCGAGAGAAAGCUAGAAAAUGGUUUUAGCAGAAAGAAAUUCCGAAAAUGUUAGAAAUGGUCGUAGAUCGAGGGGCCCCAGCCCUAAUGGACAGACGGAAUCAUCGAGCGAAGAAGACGGAGUUCCAGCAGAAAAAAUACGUGUUGGAAGGGAUUAUCAAGUUAUUGUACCAGAAUUUGUUCCAGUUAAUGAACGAAGAUUGGAUCAAUGUCCUGAUAGAGCAUUGCUUGUAUGGUCUCCUACUACUGAUAUACCAGAUCAAAAAUUGGAUGAAUACAUUAUAUUAGCAAAGGAAAAAUAUGGUUAUAAUGGAGAACAAGCUUUAGGAAUGCUAUUUUGGCACAAACAUAAUUUAGAACGUGCUGUACUGGACUUAGCGAAUUUUACACCAUUUCCAGAUGAAUGGACAGUCGAGGAUAAAGUUCUUUUUGAACAAGCUUUUCAAUUUCAUGGAAAGAGUUUCCACCGUAUUAGACAAAUGUUACCUGAUAAAUCUAUUGCCAGUCUUGUGAAGUAUUAUUAUAGCUGGAAGAAAACACGAACUAGAACAUCAUUAAUGGAUAGACAAGCAAGAAAGUUAACAAGUGGUGGUAAAGAAGGAGAAAAUGGUAGUGAAAAUGGAAGUGAGUUGGGUUCCAAUACAGACAGCGAAUCAGAAGAAAAAAAAUGGACGAUCCACCGCGGAAUACGUCGUGGAAAGAACCAAGCUGUGCCAGGAAGCCAAGGCACUGACGCCAAAGCCCCAUCCGACUCGGAAAAUGCCCCUCAGGUUCAGGGCUCGUGUAGCAACUGUGGCGUUGCUUGUCAUAGUGUUCGUGCGACGCCGAAAGGACACGCGUGUCACAGCUGCUAUCUGCACUGGAGGCGAACCGGUGUAGCAAGACCAUUAAGUUCCAUGCCAGGUCGUACAAAUAAAAGAAAACCACCUCGUGGUCUAGUCGUUAAUCAUGACGAUUUAGCGGCAUUGGCGGGCCAGCCCAAUCAAGCGAACAACAGUUUACAAGCGAUCGACACCGAAAUUGUUAGCUUAAAACGCCAAAUACAAUCGAACAAACAACAAGUAAGUGCAUUGAAACGUAAAACUACCGAUGGUAUCGAUGAUUUACGACCACCAGAAGUAUCGAGUCGUAUAAAUGCUCGUUGGACAAACGAUGAGUUGUUGUUGGCCGUUCAAGGCGUUAGAAAAUAUGGGAAAGAUUUUUCAGCAAUUGCUGAUGUGAUUGGAACUAAGACAGAAGCACAUUUACGAUCCUUUUUCGUGAACUAUCGACGAAGAUAUAAUUUAGAUGCAGUUUUAAAAGAAUACGAGGCUGAAAAUGGUCCGAUAUUAAUUGAUGAUGAAAAGGAAGAAAAGAUGGAUGUCGAUCAACCAAAUGAAUCAGCAGAGUCGUCUCAAAAAACGAAAUCAUCUGUAGGCCUUGGUCAAGCGGCUAAAUAACAAAUGACUAUACUGUUAAAUACCAAACGUGAAAAAAAUAAUUACAGGCACUAUGAACAUCGAUAAUAUCGUCUAAAAGGUAUUUGUCUAUAAUUCAGUUUGCUAUUUACAGUUUUUACUCCUAGUUCUAUCACUUUGCUCUAUGCUAAUGCAAUUUUGCAUUAGGAACACCAAGUACAAGAAACAAUUUUUAUUAAACUUGUGCAUGGUACUGAAAUCCAUGUAACAAAUAUGUGGAUAAAUUAAUAUGGAAGAAAGUGUGUGAACUUGUUGAGCUAGCCUUAUUUUUAAUGUAACAUAUUUUGUAUGUCUCUGAAAUGGGGUCUUUGUUAAACACUAUGAAAAAAGUGAGAUUCCAUUAGAAAGAUUUAACGCAUCAUCUUAGAAAAAUAAAUUUAAUUUAUACAUCUAAAUACAGGUAUCAAGUAUUUCAAUGAUAUACGUUUUAUGUAAUCGCACGAAAACAUAUAUUUCAUUCUGUUUAAUUGCUUGUAUUCUGUAGUAUAUAAUAUUUCUAGGUAUACAUAAGGGAUGUUAAAAUCCCAUUUUAACUAAUGAAAGUAAUUUAAACACAAAAUUACUUAUUUCCAAUGAAGGAAGAUAUAAAAAUUAAUAAGAAAACGAAGAAUUAAGAUUGUAAAAUAUAACAAAAAUUGAUAUAGUUUGAAAAAUUUAUAUACAUAUUGAAAAUUAUUGACAAUUUCUAUGUGAAUAAUCAAGGUACUUUGUGAUUGUUUCAUUACUAUAACGAUCUUUUACCCGCGCUCAAAUAUUAAUUACAUAUUAUUAUAACGUUUUGUCAUUAGAAUAUUUCUAUGUUUGUAUUAAUUUCUAAUUCUGCAUGCAUUUUGUGUCAAUUUAUGACCUCAAUAUUUAAUUUUUUAUAAAGAAUUUAUAAGAAGUUGAAAUAAUAUAUAUUUACGAAACUUAGAUUUAAACUAAAAAGAACAUAAAUGAAACAAAUUGUAAAUUGAAUUACAACUUAGUUAUAUUUUAUUUAUGUAGAAUAUUGCUAAAAUAACUUCAAUGUUCAAAAAAUAAUUACAUAAGAUUCUGAUAUCGGAUGGAAAUCUUGUAUUUAUACCAAUUGCAUUCCUAGACGUAUUAAGAAAGAAAUAUAAGUUCGAAAAUUGAAAAAAAAAAAACAUUUUUCUCUUUCCUUUUCGCUUUGUUUUUCUUUACAAAAUUAAUAUUUAUAAAUAAUAUAUCUCCACUAUAAUAAUUAUAAUAUCAUCAUAGUUUAUUGAAAAUCAGACAAUCUUCUAUUUUGCAUAAAAAUAGAAAAAAGGAAAUAAGGAAAGAGAAAUUUUCCGUUGUGUCACUGUUGUAAGUAUUCGGAAUACUAGCUACUUUAACUGCAAUAAAAUUUACAGCAUUUUCAAAAGUAUCAACAAUCAAAGGUUUAACAUGUUCAUUGUAAAGUUAUUUUACUUAAAAUAUGCAAAAUAACAAUGAGUGUGUUAAACCAUUUGUCGCUAAGAAAGUAAUGCUCAAAAUAAAGAUAUAUUUUCGUUCAAGUUCUAAUGAAAUACACAUUUAAUAUUUUAUCAAAAUACAUCAUAAUGAAAAUUGUUUUUAUUAAUUUUGUAGAAUGACAAAUUUGAGGGGUUAAAAAUCGUGCUACAAAAGAUAUCACAUUAAAGAGAAUAUAUUUUUGUGUCUUGCUGCUAUAUACUCGAUCCACUUGUAUACAAAAAAAUAUGGUUCCUGACAAUUCUAUUGUGCAAAAUUAUGUAAUGUGUAUACUAAAAUUGACCGUAUUACGAAAUAACGGUGCUUCUAUACUCGACAAGCACAGGCUUCUGCACUCCUAUAAAUAGGGAGUAUUUUAUUCAUAGAAAAAUGUAUUUAAGCGUUUUCAUUUGGUGAAAUCCUUACGCAGAAAAGAAGAAAUGUGUUUAAAAAAUUUUUGAAUCUAUUUUCGAAAAGUUAUUUAAUAGUGUUAAUAGAAAAUAUUAGUGUAAAUGAACAAUAUUAACUUAUUUUUAUUUGGAUGCUAUAUGAAACUGAUAAAUCGUGUCACUUAGUGGAACAGAGGCACUAUAUAUGAAAAUAUCCUUCGAUUUAAACAAAUUGAUUACUUGUUAGAAAAUAUUGUCAAGAAAUAUUGACUUCCAAUCAUUUUUGUUACAGUAGAAUGUUAAGUUUCAAAUUAGUGUAAUUUUAAUUAUAAUUUCACAGAUACAUCUACCUUUACUAUUAAUAGCAAUACUAAUCAUACGUUAGUUUAAUGUUUGUCUAGGUAGAGUAUACUAUUUAAUAAUAAUAAAACACUUGCAAGCGUGUGCGCACGAUUUCUUUAUCAAAAAACAAACAAAAAAAUAUUAUUCAUGACAAUGAUUGUAAGAUUAGAUACACUUUAGAAAUUAUUACUAUAAACAUCAGUGUAAAUAGAAGUGAUCACCAAAGAAAUUUACUGUAAUUGUUAGCGACAUAUCAUGGAGCGAAUCAAAUAGUUGAUAGGAUCAUGUCGCCAAGCAAGUAGUUAAUAAACAAAAAAAAAAUGUAUUAUGAUCAGAAGCUAAUAACAAAUUUGAAUUUGUUUUUUAACACUUUGACGACUGGUUAUGCAAUUUUUUACAUCAGUAUUAUUUGUUUUGUAUUAUAAUACUACCUUCAAUUUGAAAGCUGUUAACCUUUUGGCAUAUAUAAUAAAAACUCUUAGAUAUAUGUAAUUCUCUUAGUAGUCUUCUCAAAAAGUCAUUGAUGCCAUAAAAUAUACGGUCAUCAAAGUGUUAAGUAACAUACAUAAGACUUUAAUUUUAGUAUUACCUGAGUGAUGAUAAGGUAUUUAAAUAUGAUUAUGUACUAGUACAAAGAGAUUAAUUUUUAAACCUAUUCGAUUCAAAAUAAUCUGUUGUUAUGCACUGAUCCACCUUCAUCAAAUUCUUUGUUCAAUUAUUAUAGCUUUAGUGUAUACAAAUCUUUCACACGCGAAAGUACAGCGCAGUGUUCGAAUAUAUUAUUAAAUAUAAGCUUUCAUGGUUCAUGAUUGAAGAAGAAUGUUGCUUUUUAUAAAUGUUUUGUUCUAUAAUAAUAUUUUUUCGUGUGUUUAAAGCAAAUUUCUUGCUUCGAUGCUUAUUUAAUUAUGAGUGCAUUUAAGCAAAAAACGAUGCGCAGCAUCGACAAAUAAAAAUUUCUUUAAAUAAAUGAAUUUACUUACAAUAGUACCCAGAUGUUUUCAAAAUUGAAUUUUUGUAAUUUUAUAUAUCAUCGAAUAGUUCGUUUGCAUAAAAUUCACAACAAAAUUUGCAAAGCACACCUACAUUAUCUUAUAAUUAUUAUUGACACAAAAGUUGACAAAAUUUUUUAAUUAAAAGAAAACGAAGUUUCUUAAAACAAAUUUAUCGUAUUCGAUAUCGCGUUAUGGUAUAAGAUAUAAGCUGUAGAUAUAAAGAAGUAUAUAUUACAAUGUAAAGAGUGGGACAUUGAAAAAUGAGAAUUUCGCAAUGUAUAAUAAUAUGUAUUCUAGGAUCUUUCAAAAUUUUCUAAUAUUCUGAUACAGUUAAUGUAGCAUAAUGUAAAUAUGAAGUUAUAAUCUUUGUGAAUGUGUACACAUUUAUAUGAACGUAAGGUGUACAGAUGUAUUUAUUCAGGACUAUUAAAUAUCUAUUGCAUACUUUGA